UCUCUCUCCCUCUCUCACUCCCACUCUCUGUCUGCACAUCUGGAGCGAUGGAGCAGUCCUGAGUGGAGCUGCAGGUUCGAGCAUUUGGACUAAAAGCCUUCUGCGCAAAAAGCUGGAUUUUAAUCGGAAUAUUGCAGGACGGAGAAGUAAGGUGAGUAGAGAAGAGUGUGGAGGUUUGGCCAGACCACACACACACACACACACAGGACUGUGGGAUUCUUUUGGGACUUUUUGCUCAGAAGACAGUGUGUAUUGCAUGUGUUAGGGAUGAUCUGGAGGUGUGUGUUGUGUGCGCUUCUGCUGUGUUGGGCUCUCGGAGUCGAGCCUGAGCACCAGCAGGAAGAACAACACACAGGGCAGACGAAUAAAGAAACUGAGAAAUCCCGGAAGGAAAAGACGGGGCCACUGUGUCCGGAUCAGUGCAGCUGCACAGCAGAGGAAGCUGUGGACUGCGCCGGGGUCAAUUUAUCCGAAUUACCGUCAGAGAUACCGGAGAACACACGCCAUCUCUCACUGCAGAAUAAUCAGAUCGCAGAGAUCAGAGCAGAGGAUCUCGCAAGACUCCUUCAUCUGGAGACGCUCAACCUGCAAAACAACCGUCUCACCACGCAGGGACUUGAAGAUGACGGGUUUGAAGUUCUGGAGCAGCUCAGUUAUUUAUACUUGGCGAAUAACCAGCUCACAGCAGCACCCAGAUAUCUUCCACCAACACUGGUCAGCGCAGACUUCGCCGCGAACCAGUUGACCACCAUCUACCCCUAUACAUUUGGCCAGAAACCGGGACUGAAGUCAGUGUACCUUCACAACAACAAGCUGUCCGACGCAGGUUUACCUGAGGGAAUGUUUAACGGUUCAAACAAACUGGAGGUGUUAAUCCUUUCCAGCAACUACCUGCGCUAUGUCCCUAAAGGCCUGCCGAUUGCACUCUUCCGUCUUCAUUUAAAGAAUAACAAACUGGAGAAGAUUCCAUCAGGUGCAUUCGAGAACCUGCCUCAUCUGAGAGAACUGUACCUGCAGAACAACCUCCUGAGCAACAGUGGCAUGGAUAACACCACGUUCAGUCAUCUAAACAGACUGGAGUACCUGGACCUGUCCAACAACAAUCUGACUGCAGUACCUUUAGGUCUCCCCCGGACCCUAAUGCUGCUCCACCUGGAGAAAAACUACAUCACCUCUGUCAAGGUCGAUUCCCUUAGUGCUGUAAAGGAUCUCCAGUACCUUCUGCUUCACCACAACCGGCUUCGUGCUCGCUACAUCCACCGUGACGCCUUCCGUGGUCUCAAGCGCCUCCACACGCUCCACCUGCACCACAACCUGCUGGAGCGAAUCCCUCUGGGCCUGCCGCGCCGUGCCCACACUCUCGUACUGCUCCGAAACUUUAUCAGUGAGAUUGGACGAGAUGACCUCAGCACUCUUUACACGCUCAAUGAACUCAACCUCAGCUACAACCGCUUGACGAGUGAACGCCUUCAUCGCCACGCCUUCAGGAAACUGCGUGUGCUGGAAGUUCUGGAUCUGUCAGGGAACAAGCUUAGCACGUUGCCACUCGGGCUUCCGAAGAGCCUCCACCUCCUGCGGGUGAAGGAUAAUCAGAUCGCUGAGCUGCCAGAGGGUGCGCUGACGGGUAUGAGCAAACUGAAGGAGCUCCAUCUUUCUAAUAACCAGAUCAAACUGGGCUCUAUCUACCAGGGGGCGUGGCAGGAGCUUGGUUCUCUCUUGACUCUUGAUCUGUCAGGUAACCUGCUGUCUCAUGUCCCUGCUGAUCUUCCUGAGUCUCUGGAGUACCUUCAUCUGGAAAACAACAGGAUCAGCAGCAUCUCUGCCACAGACUUCAUCAGUACCCCAAACAUCAAGAGCAUCUUCCUGAGGUUUAACCGUCUUUCUGCUCUCUCCGUGGCUGAGGACUCCUUCUCUCACCUGUCCAAGCUACAGGUGUUGGACAUCGGACACGGAAACACCACACCUCGCCGUAACCACGAAGAUGAGUCGGUGGAAGACUACACGGAAAACGAGGAAGAAGAGGUGCAACCGAAAAAACGAUAAACUGAAGAAAAAACGUUCUAAUGAGAUUUAUACUGCAUAGAGUGUAGAUGAUGGAGGUCAUGUGACUCUGAGUAUUAAUAAUAAUAAUAUAAUGAUUCAAUACUGUAAUUAUUAUUGAUGAUAUGAGAGUGUAGAUGAUAGAUGUCAUGUGACUCUGAGUGUUAGAUGAUGCGAGUCGGAGCAGCUCAGCUUUUAAAAAUAUGUAAAUUCUUUUGCCUUUAGGAUAAAUUUGCACAUCAUUUGCAGCAAGUGUAGAGUGCAUUGCUCUGCCUCGUUUAUCUCGGAAACCACUUUUACUUCCUCUCUGAAAUGUCAUUUGCCUCACAGCACUAUGGGAAAAAAACAUGAACGCUCUAAAGGAAUUAGCCGUGACGGAUUAUUGUUAUUUUAUCUCUUUAACUUUUCUGGAGCAGAUUGAUUUCUCUUGGAACUGUUGGCUUUUUUAUUUUAAUUGAAAACAAAAGCUACCAGCGAGCAGGAGAUGAGUUGUGUGGCGCCGAGAACAAAACCUUCAAUCAGACAUUUUUACCUUUUUUGUCUAUAAAAAAAAUACU